CCAAAAUGCAUGUCUGGGUAAAGGCGCUGCUAUCAGUCCUCUGCGCAGCUGCCAGUGCCCUUUUUUCGGGUCUCAUACUGGGAUUCAUGUCACUAGAUAUCCUACAGUUACAACUACUUACAUAUGUCGAACCCGUGACCAAGCAAGAUCAAAUAUACAGCCGCUACGCGCGGCGCAUCCUCCCUCUGAGGAGAGAUGCUAACCUUCUGCUAUCAACACUCAUUCUAAGCAAUUCAAUGGUCAAUGCCCUCAUGGUUCUCAUGCUUGGUGAUAUGUUAGACAUGACUUGGGGAUUUGUUGUAUCGACCCUGGUUACAGCCUUACUAGGUGAAAUAGCGCCGCAAUCUGUAUUCAUGAAACAUGCUUUAAUGCUUUGUGGAUUCUUCUCAGCGCCACUAAAAAUCCUAGUCGUCAUUUUAUAUCCAGCAUGCAAGCCAUUAGCACUUUUUCUUGAUUUCAUUUUGGGUCCUUCCAGCCAAGUGGUAUAUACGAGGCAACAGCUAAAGGCACUAGUUGACCUGCAACUAGAAAAGGGGAAUGUAUUAACACACCAAGAAGCUAAAAUGCUUAAAGGGUGCUUAGAACUCUCUUCUAUCAGAGCUGAAGAUGUAAUGACACCGUUGGAUUCAAUUGUGCAUAUCAAAGAUGGUACAGUAGCAACCAAAGAUGUUAUACAUCAAAUUGCCUUGUCUGGAUUCUCAAAUAUACCCAUUGUAACCAAUGACGCUGAAAGAAGUGUAAUAGGCUUUAUUGUUGCCAAGGACCUGAUGUUGUUCGAUAGCAAUAAAACAUAUAGAGUCAAGGAUCUUUUCGACACCAUAGGCAAAGCGAUCUAUGCAGUUGACGCUGAAAACGAUCUUAUUGACCUUCUGACAUUGUUUAAAACUAAUUCCAGACAUGUGUUAGUAGUGCGCAAAGCAAUAAUACCAGAUACCGGUGGAGACCCAGUCUACAAACAUAUUGGUAUAAUCACCGUAGGUGAUAUUCUUCGCGUAAUGCUUCACGAUUAUAAUGAUGAUAAAGAACGACGCAUCAGUGCCAAGGGUGAUGUAAUCGCCUACAAAAACGAUAUACAGGCAAAGAAACAUGCCUGUAUCAGUCAAUUAAUACCUGUUAAUCACUUUAGCUUAAACUCAAUCAAAGCGAUUUUCCCAAUGGAACAACCAAAACAGGUGCUCCGGGCAUUAAACGUCACGGAUUGCCCAAAAAAUAUCGAAAUCAUACAAACGAAGCAUAUAUUUCUUGUGGAAAAGAAUACAGUCAUACCAAGCGGAUGCAUCUAUGUUAUUUUAAAGGGUGAAGUGAGCUAUCUAGAGGAGGAAAAGCCCCUCGGAUUAGAACUCCCAUUCGCUUUGGAGUCUGGCACAAUAGAAAAAAAACUAGUAACUCGCACCGCAUGUGAGAUUGUGGAGAUCCCUGUAAAUGAAGAUUUUACGCGAUAAUGCAAUAACGACUACAGCUCAUAGAUGUAGUUCCGGUCCAUCCAUUGGUUGAGAAAUUUUCAAUCAAUAGGCAAUGGAGGCCAUAUUUAACGCAGAACUUGCCUAGCCA